CCGCCCACCGCUCAUCUGCGGUGACUGCGUUCAAGGGCAUGGCUCCUGUUGGUACUCGUUGCCUGGGGUGCGCCCUUUUUGCCGCCGCCUUGUCCGGCGUCUCGGCGUUCGUUGUCCCCACGGCCUCUCAGCUCCAGGAAGUCAGAGCGCUCGGACGCCGGCAUCAUGAUGGGCGGUCACAUCAACCUACUCAGCAGCAGCAGCGACGCACAGGUCGCUGGAGCGCGGCGGGGGUUGUAAUGAUGGGUAGGCGUGCCGCCAAGAUAGCCAAGGUGAAGGGGCGAGAGGACGCCAAGCGCGGGAAGGCUUUCGCCAGGAUCGGCAAAAAAAUCAUCAUGGCCGUGAAGGCGGGAGGGCCGAACGAGGACACCAACAAGCAGCUGGCCGACACCAUCAAGGAGGCCAAGCACAACAGCGUGCCCAAGGACAACAUCGCGAGGGCCAUCAAGCGGGCGGUCGACGGGUCUCAGGGCGACUUCAAGGAAGUCAUCUACGAGGCGUACGGACACGGGGGCACGGGGAUGGUUGUCACCGCCCUCACGGACAACGUGAACCGGGCUAUCGCAGACGUGAAGGCGGUAUGGAAGAAGCAAGGGCUCAAGCAGGCCGCACAGGGGUCGGUGCUGUUCCAGUUCGAGAAGAGGGGGAGGGUGGAGGUGCAGGGGGAGGUCGACGAAGAGCAGGUAAUCGAGGCCGCGAUCGAGUCCGGGGUAGACGACGUGGAGGUGGUGGAAGGAGACCACGAGGGGACGUCCUGGAUUCUCACGUCACCAAAGGACCUCAUGACGCUCACAGGUGCCUUGAGUGAGGCAGGGAUAACAGGGGAAACUGGCCUGGCUCUGAUCCCAUCAGGACUCGCGGAUGUCGACGACGAGGCGAUGGAGCUUAACCUAGCGGCGGUAGAAGCACUGUUAGAGCUGGAGGACGUAGACACGGUUGACCACAACAUGGCGUAGAGGGGUUUCCAUGUCUAGCCUACUAGUGUAACGUUGUUGCGUUUGGAGGGGGGGGAGGUCGGGCACUCUCCCUUGAAGCUUGGAAGGCGUUGGCAUGAUGGGGAACACAGCGUGGUGGCGGAUGCCUUUGAGGCAGUUUUCGUGGCACGAGCGGGGGGUUAUCUGACCGAUUAGAACUAUGUACGUGCACUGCGUGGGCACAGGUAUAGGACUGUGUUAUCGUAAAUUUCACAGACGACUGUAUCGUGAAACAGCGACGGCGGGAAUGGGCUUAGAUUCCGCGUUAUACUGCGAAAAUAGAUGCGUUACUUUCUACACGGGGGUGAGCAACGGCCUUUUCCCAGCGAUCAAAUAUGCCUUGCCAACGACAUGCGGGUGCCAAGGCCACGACUUGUGCACGGGAAGCCUACGUUUUUCAGAGAUGAACCGAUACGUGAAGCAGGAUGCUGAAGACGUCCUUAGUUUUUACCGUUCUAG